AUGGGGAAGGACAGGCUCCUCAUCAAACCAAACUUUUUCCUCCUCCUCUUCUUCCUUGCUGGAGACACUUCACCCACCACAGACCCGCAGUAUAUGGUGCUGCUGCCCUUUCUGAUACACACUGAUUCUCCUGAGAAAGUCUGUGUUCAGCUGAUCCACCUGAAUGAGUCUGUGACGCUGAGUGCCACACUCGAGUAUCAGGGAGAAAACAAGAGCUUGAUUGAUGAUGUGGUGUCAGAGAAUGACUUGUUCACCUGCAUCCCUUUCUCUCUUCCAAAAUCAAAUAGCCCAUCACCAGUGACGUUUAUCACUGUGACAGUGAAGGGAGCGACAGUGCAAUUCAGGAGCCGCAAGACAGUGCUGGUCAAGAAUUCCGAGAGCUUGGUCUUUGUCCAGACAGACAAACCCAUCUACAAACCUGGACAGACAGUUCUGUUCAGAAUUGUUUCUCUGGAUAAAGAGUUCCAUCCCUUAAAUGAGGUGUUUCCACUGGUAUACAUCGAGGACCCAAAGAAAAACCGUCUGUACCAGUGGACAAAGGUAGAGUUAAAGAGGGGGUUAAUCCAGUUGUUCUUCAACCUCACCUCUGAACCUAUGCAAGGGACCUACACAGUGGUGGCACAGAAGGCCUCUGGGAAGAGAAUUCAGCAUCCUUUCUCCGUGGAGGAGUAUGUGCUACCAAAAUUCGAAGUAACAGUGAAAAUGCCCAAGGUGAUUACCAUUCUUGAUGAGAAGCUGAAGGUGACAGUUUGUGGUCUAUACACAUUUGGGAAGCCUGUUCCUGGCCUCGUGAGCUUUCGUGUCUGCCGGAAGUUUGAACAGGCAGGCAGCCCCUGCUACGGUGAAGAGGCUAAGGCAGUGUGCGACGAGUUCUCCAGACAGACAGACAACCAUGGCUGCAUUUCUGAAGUGGUAAAGACCAAGUUAUUCCAGCUCAAAAGAAGUGGAUAUGAGAAUAAGCUCCAUGUGGAGGCUAAGAUUAAAGAGGAGGAGACAGGAGUGGAGUUGACUGGAACCAGCUUCUCUGAGAUCACAACCACCAUUAGCAAAGUUACCUUUGAGCAUUCAGACUCCUACUACAAACCUGGAAUCCCCUUCUUUGGGCAGGUGAAACUAGUGGAUGGGUCUGGUGCUCCAAUGGCCAACGAAAUUGUGAAGAUUUCUUUACAAGGAGGCCAGGAAAACAACUAUACAACAAAUGAAGAAGGCAGGGCACAGUUUGCACUGAACACUUCCACGUUGUACUUUGAUUCUUUUGGAAUUAGGGCAACUCAUAAAGUACACCCCUACUGCUAUGACCGUUCCUGGGUUGCUCCAUAUUAUGAAGGCGGCUAUCUCCCACUAAAGCGCUUUUACUCUCCUAGUAAUAGCUUCCUCAAAAUUGAGCCCAAGUUCAAGACACUAAGCUGUGGCUCCUCCACAGAUGUCCGGGUGCACUAUAUCCUUACUCCAGAGGCCAUAGGAGAGCAGAAGAAAAUAAUCUUUUACUACCUGGUGAUGGCCAAGGGAAUAAUUAAGCAAGCGGGCACCCACACUCUGGAUUUGGACCAGGAACGGGCCAAUGGGGUCUUCUUGCUACAUCUUCCUGUACAAGCUGAUAUCGCUCCAGUGGCCCAAUUGCUUGUUUAUACCACUGCCCCCAGCAGGGAGGUGAUUGCUGAUUCAACCAAGUUCAAUGUAGAAAAGUGUUUCAGCAAUAAGGUGAACUUGAGCUUCUCUCCUUCUGAAGGCCUGCCUUCUUCUGAUGCUCGCUUGCUCUUCAGAGCCUCCCCGAACUCCCUCUGUGCUGUCCGUGCUGUUGACAAGAGUGUUCUCCUCAUGAAGCCAGAAGCUGACCUGUCACCCAGCUCUGUGUAUAGCUUGCUGCCAGGGAAGGAAUUGCAUGAUUAUCACCAUGGUCCAGAAAUGCUCUUGGAGGAGCCCCUGGAGAAUUGUGUCCACUUGAAGAAGAUAAUUCUGAAUGGGGUCACCUAUUCUCCAGUAGUGGAGAUGAACGAAGAUGACACUUACAGCAUCCUAAAGGAAAUGGGUUUAAAGGUUUUCACAAAUACCAAGGUGAGGAAACCUUGGUAUUGCAGCACUGAGAAUUACAUGUCUGCAGGAGUCCACAUUCCAUCACCUGGAGCACCUAUGCUUGCAAUGAGGACAAGCGAGCUUCAGGCAGAAAGACUUUAUGCCAAGUUAAGCACUCCUGAAGAACUGUCAGAAACAGUCCGAAAGUAUUUCCCAGAAACUUGGAUUUGGAGUUUAGUAUCUGUAAGCUCUGAUGGAAAUGCCGAUCUAGAUGUGACCAUCCCUGACACCAUCACUGAGUGGAAAGCCAAUGCAUUCUGCACUUCGGCAGACAAGGGCUUUGGCCUGUCCCCGACAGUGUCCCUCAGAGCCUUCCAGCCCUUCUUUGUAGAGCUCACCAUGCCCUACUCUGUAGUGCGUGGUGAGACCUUCACACUAAAAGCCACUGUUUUCAACUACCUGACUGCCUGCAUCAGGGUCAGUGUGACUCUGGCUCACUCUGCUCAUUUUGUGGCUACUCUAGUGGAAGAGGAAGAAUCUCAUUGUCUCUGUGAGAGUGGGAGGAAAACUGUGGCUUGGCUGGUGACUCCUAAAUCUCUAGGGCAGGUGGAGUUCUCGGUGAGCACUGAGGCCCUGCAGAACCAGCAGCCCUGUGGGAACGCCAUUGUGGAGACCCCUGAGAAGGGACGGAAGGACACAGUCAUCAGACAGCUGCUGGUGGAG